GAGUUUCUUCUUCAGUUUCAUCGCAAUUCGAUUCCCGAUCUGAUCCGUCUCUGUUUAGAUCGGAGCAAACAAUGGCGGAGAUGGCGAACAUGGAUCCCGAAGGUAUGGAUGGAGUUCGUAUGACUUGGAACCUUUGGCCUCGCACUAAGGUUGAAGCUAGCAAGUGUGUGAUUCCUCUCGCCGCUUCAAUUUCUCCGAUCCGUCGUCACUCCGAUAUCCCUGAUCUCCCUUAUGCUCCUCUCAAGUGCCGGACUUGUGUUGCUGUUCUCAACGCUUUCGCUCGUGUUGAUUUCAACGCUAAGAUCUGGAUCUGCCCUUUUUGCCAUCAGAGGAAUCCUUUCCCUGUUCAUUACCAUUCGAUCUCUGAGAUUAAUCUCCCUGGUGAGCUUUAUCCUCAGUACACUACUGUUGAAUACACGUUGCCGGCUUCUGUCGAUCCGAGAACUGGUGCUGCUGAUCAGGUGCCUCCGCCUGUGUUUGUGUUUGUUCUUGAUACGUGUAUGAUUGAGGAAGAAUUGGGGUAUGCCAAAUCGGCGCUUAAGCAGGCGAUCGGGUUGCUUCCGGAGAAUGCUUUGGUUGGGUUUGUGUCGUUUGGUACUCAGGCUCAUGUUCAUGAAUUGGGGUUCUCUGAGAUGUCUAAAGUUUUUGUCUUUAAAGGCAAUAAAGAAGUCACCAAGGAUCAAAUUUUGGAUCAGUUGGGGCUUGGGUCUUCCUCGAGGAGAGCUCCUACUUCUGGGUUUCCUAAAGGAGCGCAAAACGGAUUCCAGAGUUCCGGUGUUGACAGAUUCCUGUUACCCGCUUCGGAGUGCGAAUACACACUGGACUUGCUUUUGGAUGAGCUCCAAUCAGACCAGUGGCCUGUUCAGCCAGGUCAUCGUCCCCAACGAUGCACAGGGGUUGCAUUGAGUGUAGCUGCAGGAUUGCUUGGAGCUUGCUUGCCUGGAACUGGGGCUAGAAUUGUAGCUUUGGUUGGAGGUCCAUGUACAGAGGGCCCUGGAACGAUUAUCUCAAAGGAUUUGUCAGAUCCUGUGCGCUCCCACAAAGAUCUAGAUAAAGAUGCUGCUCCUUAUUAUAAAAAAGCUGUCAAGUUUUAUGAUAGUAUUGCAAAGCAGCUUGUCGCUCAGGGUCAUGUGUUAGACCUUUUCGCCUCUGCACUUGAUCAGGUUGGGGUUGCUGAAAUGAAAGUAGCCGUUGAAAGUACCGGUGGUCUCGUUGUUCUGUCUGAAAGUUUUGGCCAUUCUGUAUUUAAAGAUUCCUUCAAGAGGGUGUUUGAAGAUGGCGAGCAGUCUCUUGGUCUCUGCUUCAAUGGCACGCUUGAGAUCAAUUGUUCAAAAGACAUCAAAAUUCAAGGGGUUAUCGGGCCUUGCUCAUCAUUAGAAAAGAAAGGUCCCAAUGUUGCCGACACAGUCAUUGGAGAGGGGAAUACCAGUGCUUGGAAGUUGUGUGGCCUCGACAAGAGUACCUGCUUGACUGUAUUCUUUGAUCUAUCUUCAACCGGGUCAAAUGCUCCUGGAGCUGUAAAUCCUCAGUUGUAUUUGCAGUUUGUCACAAGUUACCAAAACCCUGAAGGUAAAAGUUUGCUCCGGGUUACAACUGUAACCAGACAGUGGGUGGAUACUGCUGUGAGCACAGAGGAACUUGUGCAAGGCUUUGACCAAGAAACUGCUGCUGUGGUUAUGGCAAGAUUAACUUCCUUAAAAAUGGAAACAGAGGAGGGAUUUGAUGCUACUCGGUGGCUAGAUCGGACUCUCAUUCGUCUGUGUUCAAAAUUUGGUGAAUAUAGAAAGGAUGAUCCAACCUCGUUUACGCUGAAUCCCUAUUUUUCAUUGUUCCCUCAAUUCAUGUUUAACUUGCGGCGGUCACAGUUUGUUCAGGUCUUUAACAACAGUCCUGAUGAAACCGCAUACUUCCGCAUGCUGCUAAACCGGGAAAAUAUUUCAAAUGCAACUGUCAUGAUCCAACCAUCUCUGACGUCAUAUUCAUUCAAUGCACCACCUCAGCCAGCUUUGCUGGAUGUGGCUUCCAUUGCAGCUGACAAGAUUCUUCUAUUAGAUGCAUAUUUUAGUGUUGUUGUCUUCCAUGGAAUGACUAUAGCCCAAUGGCGAAACAUGGGUUAUCAUCAUCAGCCUGAACAUGAGGCCUUUGCUCAGUUAUUGCAAGCUCCUCAAGAGGAUUCCCAGAUGUUAGUCCGGGAGCGUUUCCCAGUCCCGAGAUUAGUUGUGUGUGAUCAACAUGGAUCACAGGCAAGGUUUUUAUUGGCUAAGCUGAAUCCAUCAGCGACUUACAACAAUGCAAACGAGAUGUCAGCUGGGUCAGACAUAAUCUUCACUGACGAUCACUCUCGCCAUAUCGAGAAACAAUAUGUGAAGAUGGCGGAAAAGGCUGAUCUUACUGCGCAAGGUAAAGAGAUUGUGAAGGAGGUGAAGAGUGAUUUUGAAUCAAAAUUGUCAGACGACCUGAACACUGCCCAUGUACUCGCGGGUGCUUUUCAAGAUGCGAUGAAAUUCAUGAACGUGUCAAUCACGAAGCUCAAGAAAAUGCAGAAGAAGCCGAGAAUGUCGCUGGUGGUGUCACUGGUGGUGUCACUGGUUGAGGUUGAGAAAGCAGUGAGGGGAGUUCUUGAUGUGCUUGGUCUGCUCACUACUCUCAGCUACGCAGAUUUUUUGAAAGAGAUGAAGCAAAAGGCAUUAGCAAGAGCCAAACUAGGAGAAGAAGAAGUCUUGCAGAAGAUUAAAACAAGGAGAGUUGCGCGGAUGAAUAAGAAUUUCGAGCUGAGUGACGACAUAAGGUCCGUUGCUUUCCACUGACAGCGGGGUGAAACAUGCCAUAGUAGCUAAAGACUGUUUUCAAAAUCGGACCGGACACCACAACUUUUCCAUGUAUACAGUUAGCUAUGUCUGAGCCUCAUUACCAAAAUCUAGAUGUAAGUUUCAACAGCUUUUGGUGCGGUUUUGAUCUUUACCA